UAUCAAUUUAGGUCAAGUAAUAGAGUAUAAAAAUUUCAAAUUGAAAAAUGUUCAUAAGCCAGUUUGAAAGCUUAGCAAAAAGCUCUCCUAAUACCCAUUUUCAUUUUCCAUAAAAAAGAAACCUAAAACCCUAAAAAUUGCAUUUCAAGAACCCAAAAUUGAACUGGUCUUCGUUCACAGAUGUUUACACUUGUUAAAAAUGGUGCAAAAAGGCAUUUCCUUUCCAUGUAUUGCAUCAAACUGGAACUCUUUUUUUCCACAACAAAUGCCCAACCCAAUUUAAUGCCUGAAUUUCUAGUGAAUUCACUUGGAUACUCCAGAGAUAAAGCUAUUUCUGCUAGCAAUAAGGUAACUUUCUUGAAACCUGGAAACAACAAGCCUUAUUUAGUUCUUGAUUUCUUCAAAAACAUAGGUUUAGACAAGACACAGAUUAAAAUGUUGGUUUCUCCAGCACCAAGUUUGUUGUUUGCUAAUGUUGAAAAUACCCUUAAACCCAAAAUUAAGGUUCUUGAAGAAUUUGGCUUAUCCGGGUCGGAUUUAGCUAGGGUCAUUUCAAGAAGUGGUGCUUUUUUUAGAACAAGUUUGGAUAGUGGCAUUAAACCAAGUCUUAAAUAUCUUAGGGAAGUAUUGAGUAGUGAUGAUUCUGUUGUUAAAGCUAUUAAGAGAGCGCCUACAUUGCUACAUUAUCAUUUACAUAAAGCAAUGGCGCCUAAUAUAUCGUUGUUGCAUAAUCUUGGAUGUUCGAGUUUGGAUAUUGAGAAACUUUUUCUUAGGAACCCGAGGAUUUUUCUUCAAAAGCCCGAGUGGCUUGAGGAUAUAGUGGAGAGAGUGGAAAAGGAUUUUGGGAUUCGUACGGAUUCGAGGAUGUUUUUUUAUGGAGUUGAAAUGCUCUCGUCGCUUAGUAAGUCAAGUUUAGAAAUGAAACUUGGGAUUUUCAAGAGUUUUGGAUGGUCUGAUUCUGAUAUUACUAUGAUGGUGCAAAGGCUUCCUUUAUGUUUGACUACAUCUGAGGCGAAGCUGAGAAAUGUAUUGAAGUUUUUCAUGGGGGAGCUCGGGUAUGAAUCUAGUUACAUAGCGUCUCAUCCCACGCUAUUGAUGUUCAGUUUGGAGAAGCGGGUCUUGCCCAGGAAUAAAAUCUUGGAACUUCUAAAGGAGAAGAAGCUGAUAAAGAGAGUGCCAUGUUUUUAUACAGUUAUCAAGUGUUCUGAGUGGGAGUUUUUAGAAACUUAUGUCCUUCCCUUGAGGGAUGAGAUGCCUGAGGUAUAAGCAAAAGUACCAAUGAGGAGAAAACAUCAGUAGUUACUGUAGAACUGAAACUCGAUUGACUUAAGUAUUGGAUCUCGGAUCUCCAUCUCCUCUAAUGUCAUGGCACAUAGAUCUGUGUAGCUAUUGAGAAGCAAGGAAAUGAUCUCGCCAUCUUUUAAUCCUCUGUAAGUUUAUCAAUCAUUCUCAAAAUAUGGCAGUCUCAUUAUAUUGCUUGUUAUGUAGUCCCAGGAGUUUAUUUCAGUGUUUGCUUCUCCAAUUAUUACUUAAGUAGCUAUCUUGUGCCUAUGUUAGAUUAUGCGUAAUCCGUAUCAGCCAAAUAACAUCUCAUAAUUUUCCUUAUUUGAUUAUAGGGACUUUUCUUCAUUAUAUUCCCUCAUGAUGCAGGUGACCCUUUGUGCUCUAGGUUGUCAAAAACUCCUCAGGAUAUUCAUAUUUGUUUCAUUAUUAGAAGACCAAUUCUUUUCAUAUAUGCAUAAACAUUCCGCUAUGAUGGUAACCAUAAUUUUCAUCGGCAUUUUGGUGCUACUAGGUUCUUGAUUUACUGUGUACUGCCUUUUUGGUGGGUUUUGACUCAAGAUUACUCAUGAUGUAUUGAUUUCUUCAUAUUCGUCACUUGCUGAAAAAUCUUGCUUCAGGGUUUUGAAGAUGAGGUGAGGCCCAUGGCAAAGGCAUAUCUGGUUUAUUACAAAUAUUCUUGCAACAUGUCUUUAUCAUAUUGAUGUUUUGGAAGGACUGUAUUUUGGUUAAUGGAUUUAAAGGUGCUGAACUUUGUGGUUAUUAAUUUACAAUUUGGUAGAAACUUUGAUACCUCUUGCAGAAAUGCAGGGUAAGACUGCGUAUAAUAGGCCCUGGUCCCGGCCCUUCCACGGACCUAGCGCAUAGCGGGAGCUUCGUGCGACCAGGCUGUCCUCCUUUGGUAGAAAUCUUGAAGUUUUGGAACUUGAUUCUAACUGGGAACACAAAUCACUCUCUUUCGUCUCUUGUCCCCCUACAGAGGAGGAAAUAUGCUUGUUAGCAUACAGGAAACACGGGUGGUAUGGUUUCUGUACUUCGUAACACCAAGGAGAACCAAUGAGCGUACACAUAGCUAAAGUUGAUUUGGAUUAAGAAGUGAAAAUAACAACUAUAAAUUUGUUAGAAUAUAUGCAGAAAAUAUGUGUCUAAAUUUUAUUUUAAAAAUGUCUUGAGAUAGAGGUCACUGUGCAUUGAAAGACGGUCAUGGUUCGGGUUCUUCAGAGCCUCCAAAUCUCGUCCAUUUCCCAUACUCAAUGGUUUUCCUUCUCCCAAUCUAUUCUAGUUCACUGGUUUCUGUUCCAUAAGGGGCCAUCAGUACAGAAGUAAGCAUAUACUUGAAGAAGAUUGGGCUAGGAAAUCUUUGGAUAUGUAGGCAAAAACUAAUGUUGAGGUUUCUGGAAAUGGCUAGGUUAAGCUUUUAAUUUUGAUUUAUCCUGUGAAAUAAUAUCAAUGUCAUCUCUCACGUUUAUGUCUGCCCUCUUUCUGACCACCCUUUCGUUCCAUCUCAAUUGAACAGGUACCUAGUACCUGUACUUGGUGAUGAAUUUAUUUCCACUUAUUGGUGUAAGAGUUCUGCACUCUAAGGGGUCGUUUGGUUUGAAGACAAGUCAUUAUGGGAUUAGUUAUGUUGGGAUUAGUUAUACUGAAAUUAAUUAUGUUGGGAUUAGUUAUCCUAAUAUUAUUUUUGGUUGAUUGUUUGGUUUGUUGUAUUAAAAGUAACAUGCCUUGCAUAAUUUUUAAGAAAACGUUGUUUGUUUACAAAAAUACCCUCCACCUCAGAGCUAUUUUUGUCAUUUUCAUUGUUUUAUCCUGGAAUUGUUAUUCCACUGUUUGCCAAGGAUAACUUAUUAUAGUAUUAUUUUUAAUCAUGGGAUAACUUAUCCGAGGAUUAGUAACCAAACAAGGGAUAAGGUAGUACUAAAUUUUUAUCCUAGGAGUGGUUUUCCUUAUCCAUCAUACGAAACGACUCCUAACAGUUUUGCAGGUUGGCUUGAGUUCUUUUACAGAUGGAGGCAACGAGGUCUUCUUUCCAAAUGAAUUCACCUGUAUGAAGCGAUGACCGAAGAGUAGCAUCUAUGGAACUUGCUGAGUCCUUGAUGUUGCACCAGAGAAAUGAAAAUUGCAGUCCUAUGUCCUUUUGGGAUUUGUAUACGAUUAUGGUUAGAAAAUUUAAAAAUAUACAAGAAAUGCCACAUCUGUGAUUAAAGCUUGUAACCUAAGCAGUUUUUGAACCACCUUUGUCACUGCAAUAAAAGUUUCUCUUAUGUCGA